CCAACCUCUAUAUGUUUCUAUAUAUACGCAUAUUUCUCUCCCUUGAAUCAAACAUCAAGAAGAAGAAGCUUAAGAAACAGAGGGCAUAACAAGUAACAUGGACUCAAGAGCCUUACCCUUCUCCGUUCUCGUCACCCUCAUCGCCAUGGCGGUGUUUGCUAACGGUUACAGUACUCCUCCUCCUCCUCCUCCAACCACAGCAUACCCUGCCGUGAAAACCGUGGAAGCGGCAGUGGAAGGAAUGGUGUACUGUCAAUCCUGCGACAAAUUCGGAUCAUGGUCGUUGGCCGGAGCAGAAGCCUUAGCCGGAGCUAAAAUCAGCAUUAUCUGCAAGAACCAUAGGCAACAAGUGAGUUUCUACAAAGUCUUUAAAACUGAUUCCUACGGCCAUUUCUAUGGUGAGCUCAAAGGUUUCAAGAUGACUCCACAUUACUUGGACCAUCCUCUUCAUUCUUGCCGGGCCAAGCUCGUCUCUUCUCCUCGUGAAGACUGCAAUCUCUUCUCCAACAUUAACAAUGCUCUAGACGGAGCUUCUCUCCGGUAUGAAGAGAAGAGGCUCAAGUGGACAAACUAUGAGGCCGUAAUUUACGCCGCUGGUCCAUUGGCUUUCCGUCCUGACCACUGCCCCGCGACUGCACCACCCACUUACUGAUUUGGGUUGUGAAGAUCAUCAUAUACUAAUUGUAUAAGACAAUGUUAUUGAUUUGUUUCUAUUUUGUAUCUUUUGGUUUUAUGGUUGGUCAAUUGUUUGUAAGAGGCUGAGUAAUAUUGUAAUGGGACUCUUGUGAUUCAAUUUUGCUCAGUUUAAAUCGGUAAAAUUAUAAUCA